UCCCCUUUCUUUUUUUUUUCUCCUCUCUUUCCCUUCUCCUCUCUUCGCCCUCUGGCUCGCCAUCGCCGCCCCCCCACCGCCACCAAAUCCGCUUCGCUGCACCGCGAAGUCGCCGCCGAAAGCGGCGGUCCAAGCUCCCGACCCGCACUUCUAUCAGCUGCUGCCCCACCGCGGGGAGACGAAGGCGCCCGGCACUGCAUUUCUGCGCUGACGCCGCUGUGAUUUGACCCCGGCGCUCGGCCUAUCGCUUCUUGCUAUUGGCUUCCUCCUUUUGGCCGGGUCGCUGGGUUCCAUCACAGCACAGGAGUUCAGCUCCGGCUGUUUUGUUCCUUCCGCUUCUUGGAGCUUUCCCCGCCCGAGCCUCGUGGUAGCCGCCAGCCCGCCCGCCAGAGCUUCCUCGGAGGUACGCUGUUGCUCAUAGAUAGCGAGCCCUGGGGGUCCCUGACCGACGGGAUCGCUUACGCUCGUGUCUUGAUUCUCUGUCUAGUGUUCGUUGUGGCCGGGGAUUGAGUUCUCCGUGGGGAAGAUCUGUGCUCGAUAAGCAGUAAAGGUUUGUGCUGGAGACUGAGAGGGUACAUGCCAUGGCUCUUGAGACAAAACAAGUUGGUCUGUGUAUCAAGAAAGUUCUGAGGUCCUCCAUUAGAACAAGCUACAGAUGUGUCUCUGAACAUCCAGUCCUGUUCAGUUUGGGUGUUUUGCUCUACUUAUUGUACAGAUCUGCCCCGGGAUUCUUUGCGUUCCUUCUUUCCUCUUCACCUGUAAUUAUAUGUACCACUCUUCUUCUGGGAAUCCUACUGAGUUAUGGAGACACGAACCUACCUGAAGCUAAUGAUGAGGAUACCAAGACUACUCCAGAGAUUCCAGCUUUUAAGAUGGAGAAUUCUUCAAGGGAUGUUCAGUUUGGGUCAGAUCAGAGAAUUUCGGUGCCUAGUUUUAGGAAUACUACAGAAAACUUCAAAGAAAGGGAAACAAAGCGGACAGGUUCUGUCAGAGAGAGGUCUACUCAGCUUGAUGAUGAGGUUCCUCUUCUGAGAAGAGUUGAUGAAGAAGAUGAGAAGUUUGAACAUGGCGACAAACCUAAAACAUUAACUCCAUUUCCUUCCAUGGUCAAUUUCCGUGGAGAGGCCGGGUUUAGGGAGGGCUUAAACUUUAACCAGGGAAUGCAAUUCGCAGAUUCAUUUUUUGUGACAGAUAUGGCUGAUAGGAACGCUAGCUUAUUUGAAGGUCUGAAUGAGAAGAAUGCACCCUUGGACAUGUUCUCAUCCAGUGAGAAUUUUAAUAAGCAUGCUGAAAUGCAGGAGAAUCUGAAUCUAGCAGCUAGCAAAGUGAGUGAUUUCUCUGAAGAGAAGCUGACUGAUGGGAUAGCUGGAACUAGCAGACCAACUUAUGCAGUUUCUGUGCGGCAGAAUAAAAAGCUUGAUGUGCUUAAGGUUAAUACUAGCAAGGCCGUUGAGGAAAAUCUCCUUGAUUCCUCUCUUGGUUCACCAUGGGCAUCAGUUGGCAGUCAGGAUGGUUCAUCUGGUUUUGACUCUGAUGGGGCUGAGAGUUCUUCACCUGAUGCAUCCAUGACUGACAUUGCACCAGUUCUUGAUGAAAUCGACCCUCUUCUGGGUGCUGAUUUCACUCGUCCUGAUCCCAUUCCUAAUGAUGAUUCAGACAGUGAUUCACAUGUCUCCUCGCAGGAUCAUGAAAUGGAUGAUGAUAGUAAUGAUGAUGAUGAUGAUGGCAACAAUGAUACUAAAGAUGGUGAGGAGAACAAGAAAGAUGAAGGUCAGGAAGCUGCAUUUAUUUGGACAGCAGAUGAUGCAAAGAAUCUGAUGGAUCUUGGAUACUCUGAGAUGGAAAGAAACCGUAGAUUGGAGAUUUUGAUGGUUAGGCGAAGAUCCAGGAAGAAUAUAAUAUUUGACAUUGACAGUAACCUAACGGAUGCCAAUGGGAAAAGCGGAGAUGACUUAUCACGCUUUGGUGCACAAGUAUCACACAUCUCAGUAACAAGGAGGAACCCGUUUGACCUUCCAUAUGAUUCUGACGAAGCGGCAAUUCCUGGCUCAGCUCCUUCAAUCCUGCAUGCAAGAAAGAACCCAUUUGAUUUUCUUGAGCAUUCCAGUGAAAGUGGCGUUUCUGCACAUGAUAAUUUAAGCCCUGGGGAAUCACCACAAACUUCUCAUCGUGAAAUAUUUAGAAGGCACGAGAGCUUCAACUUUGGAACUACAGAUGCCACGCAGGAGAGACGUUUGUCUAGAUUGAGGCCAUAUUUUGUCCCUGAGACAGUAGAAGGGAGCACAAGUACUUUUCAAAGGCAGUUCAGUGACAAGAGUGAGUCCAAAUUGAGUUCUGUUACUGAAUCUGAUAUGGCUUCUUCGGUUGCCGAUCAGGAGGAACACAAGGACCUCGAUGAAAAGGAUGUGCACAGGGAGCAUGAGUCACCAGCUCUCCUGAGACAGGACAGUGACCUUGCAGAUGCUGGCAGUGAAUGUUCAGAUGGUAUCAACUCCGUGGAUGUUGAACUAGACAACAGUGACAUUGAUGAGCGUGAGAUUGCUCUGCAUCAUUUUGUCUUCGAAAGAUCCGAAGAAAGAGAGGCAUAUCUUGUCUCAACAAAAGGGAAGGGUCAUGAUGACAAUUACAUGCUCAAGUCAGAUGGGAAUUCUACGGUGCCACUUCAUCCAGUUGGUGACUUGCUUAGCUGGGAUGAUGGGGAUGGUGAAAGCGUCCUGGGUGCCAAGUCUUCUAUAGCACCAAACAUAACAGCUGAAGUCUCAGAAUGGCUUUCUUCUCCUAGGCCAGCUGAAGAUCAUGAAUUGAGAUCAAGGGACCUUGGUCUUGGUGCCACCAGUAUUGCCGAGGAAGAUGGAAAUGUUGAUUCCAUGUCCUGUCCAAACAAUGAAAUCCCAUUACAAAACCUUAUUCAUGGGCCUAUGGACUUGCUAACUGAUUUUGAAAAGGAAACAUUACCAGCAAUAUCUAUGGACCUUCACCCUAUCCCUGAGGAGAGGGUUCUCGAGAACUUCAACAUGGAAGAAAAGCAUGAAACUGGAGCGUUUACUGGUUCUGGUACUGCCAUGACUGACUUGCAUGUAAUUGAAGAGCACUUUGAUGUUGCAUCGGAAGUAAGCCCAAGUUCUGUGGUUGCUUCCUUGUGUCCUCCUGGUGCGAGUGGUUCCAACCAAUCUCCAUCGAUUGAACCUAAAGAUGUAUCAAACCCAUUUUUUUCGGUGGCUUCUGAACCUGACAGGGUGGAUAUGGUUGAUAUGAAUGAAGAAAUGACUUCUGAUUAUCUACUUGAUUCUGAUGAUGAUGAUGCUGAUAGAAUCUAUCCUGAGCCUUUAGAGGAUAACGGUAUUGAUGAAAGUUUCCUGUCGGAACUGGAUGCGGUGGGAGACUUCCGGGUAGAACCGGUGAGACUGGAUCAGCAGGUGCCUGAUCUUAGCUCCCGUACUUACAACCCUGCUGAUGGUGUUGCAGAAGACUCCUUGAUUAGCCCUAAGACUUCUGGUGACACUGCCACAUCAGAUGCCUGUGCAUUAGACUCUGGCGGUCUGUCCCCAUUGGUUGAUUAUCUAAGCGGCACUGAUCCUGAAUUCAGUUGGUCAUUAGGAUCAUCUCAUGAUGAUCCUGAGCAAACUGUCUACAAUCCACGGCGAAGGAUUCUUGAAGCAAUGAACAGAGACUUGAAUCUACCAUGCGACGAACCAGAAGUCACAGAAAUGCCUUCAGUCAAUACACCAUCUGAAGCAUACUUAGUGGUUGGAACAACUGAACUGGAAGUUACUAAAAAUGAGCCCGGGACAGCUAAAACUGAUGCUGAGAUGAUGGCUGUUGAUGCCAAGUCCCUGGAGGACAUAGAGAUGGCCUUUAAACAAGCGAGUGGUGGUGGUGUUGAUGAGGCUGAAACCGCACACAUCUCAGGCGUUGAUAUUGACUUGGAGCCUUUAGAGGGUUCUGAAGAACUGCAUGUGAUUGAUGCAAAAUCUGUUGAAGACAUUUCUGCUGCUUUGAAGGAACACUCUAAUGUUAAUGUGAGCAAUUGCUUCGAACAAAGCGAAGAUGAAGUUGGAUGUGGAGAGGUUGCAGAAUGCGCGAAACACGACAGUCUUCCAGAAGGAACACAUGUUGAAAGUCUACAGAAACACCUACCAUGCCACGAGCCAGAAGUCACAGAAACACCUUCAGUCAAUACUCUGUCAGAAGCAUACUUAGCAGUUGGAGCAACUGAACUGGAAGUUACUAAAAAUGAGCUUGGGACAGCUAAAACUGAUGCUGAGAUGAUGGCUGUUGAUGCCAAGUCCCUGGAGGACAUAGAGAUGGCCUUUAAACAAGCAAGUGCUGGUGGGGUUGAUGGGCCCAUCCUUGACGCUGAAACCGCACUUAUCUCAGGCGUUGAUAUCGACUCAGAGCCUUUGGAGGGAUCUGGACAGUUGCAUGUCAUUGAUGCAAAAUCAGUGGAGGACAUUUCUGCUGUUCCAAAGGAACACUCUAGUGUUGAUGUGAACAAUUACUUUGAACAAAACGAAGAUAAAGUUGGAUAUGCAGAGGCUGUCGAGCGCCCGAGACACGACAGUCUUCCAGAAGGAGCACAUGUUGAAAGUCUGCAUUUGGCCGGAGAUGAUAGGGAGCCUGAAAGCAACAUGAGUUGUAUCGAGGCGAAGACCAUCGAUGACAUGAAUGCAGUGUUCAAGAAGCUGUCUGAUUGCCAUGAGAAAAGUACUGUAAAGGCAAUGGAGCCCGAGGAUGAUCGCGACGGAAGAGACGCAAGUGAACAACACUGAAUUACUAUCGUACAAUUGGCCUGAAAGCAACAUGAGUUGUAUCGAGGCGAAGACCAUCGAUGACAUGAAUGCAGUGUUCAAGAAGCUGUCUGAUUGCCAUGAGAAAAGUACUGUAAAGGCAAUGGAGCCCGAGGAUGAUUGCGACGGAAGAGACGCAAGUGAACAACACUGAAUUACUAUCGUACGAUUGGUAAAAGGGAAUGCAAGUAGAAGAACCUUAUUCUUGGUUCCCUUAUGAAAGCACUCCACGGUACUUGGGUUCAUAUAGUUUCCAACACUGGAAAUAUGAAGUUUUGCUCUAGAUUUUUGUGGAUGGUAUUUUUUUUUCCUUCUCCGUUUGAGGUUUUGACCGUUUGUAUUCAAUUUGAUUCUAUUUUUGCCCUUGCAUUCUCUCCCUCCGCUGUCUGUAAUUUGUUAGCUCGGGCAGUGUGGUGUGGUGACAGGGAGAGAGAACAGUGGAUUCUAUCAUGUAAUGUAGAUUAUCUUUCGCUACUUGAUGGAGGUGAGAUGGUUUGGUUGAUGUAAGAGAGCUUGUGCAGUUGGAAAUAGAGGGAGUACACAAGGCUGAGUGCAUGCUUACAAUC